CCUUUGUCACUUCUCGACGUCGAGAGAGAAAAUCUCGCGUUGCUGGCAGCGUUCUCUCUCCACCUCCGCCAACACACACACACACACACACACACACACACACACACCACUUACCAGCACCUCUCUCUUCCUUCUCUCCACCUCCUCCUUUCUCUCUCUCUCUUACCCUUUGAGUGAGCGAGAGAUCUCCCAAACCCGAGCGAGGCGCUCCCGGAGACAGAGAGGCGAUAUCCUCGUAAAGCGCAACAUGGCUACAAUUGUAACCUCCACCAGGUUUACAGACGAAAACCAGCUGUACGAAGAGCUCGGAAAGGGUGCCUUUUCUAUUGUUCGUCGAUGUGUAAAGAAAUCAACCGGCCAGGAAUAUGCUGCUAAGAUCAUCAACACAAAAAAGCUGUCAGCACGAGAUCAUCAGAAGCUAGACAGAGAGGCCAGGAUCUGCCGUCUGCUUAAACAUCCCAACAUAGUGCGUCUCCAUGACAGUAUCUCAGAAGAAGGCUUUCAUUACCUGGUCUUUGACCUCGUAACUGGUGGAGAGUUGUUUGAAGACAUCGUCGCAAGAGAAUAUUACAGUGAAGCAGAUGCAAGUCAUUGCAUCAAUCAGAUCCUGGAAAGCGUCAGCCACAUCCACCAGCAUGACAUUGUGCACAGGGACCUCAAGCCAGAGAACCUGCUGUUGGCCAGUAAGAUGAAGGGGGCGGCAGUGAAGUUGGCUGAUUUUGGCCUUGCCAUCGAGGUGCAGGGAGAUCAGCAGGCCUGGUUCGGUUUUGCAGGCACCCCUGGAUACCUCUCCCCUGAAGUCCUGAGAAAGGACCCCUAUGGAAAACCAGUGGAUAUCUGGGCUUGUGGUGUGAUCUUGUAUAUCCUGCUGGUGGGUUACCCUCCUUUCUGGGAUGAGGACCAGCACAAACUGUAUCAACAGAUCAAGGCUGGAGCCUAUGAUUUUCCCUCUCCAGAGUGGGACACUGUUACCCCAGAGGCCAAAAACCUCAUCAACCAGAUGUUGACUAUCAACCCAGCGAAGAGGAUCACGGCUGACCAAGCGCUCAAACAUCCGUGGGUCUGCCAACGCUCCACUGUCGCCUCCAUGAUGCAUCGUCAAGAAACUGUUGAAUGUCUGCGCAAGUUCAACGCCCGCAGAAAACUAAAGGGGGCUAUUUUGACCACCAUGCUGGUUUCCAGGAACUUCUCAGUGGGUCGGCAGCACACCAGCCCCGCCGCCCCCACCACCAGCACAGCUGCACUAGCACAAGAAGCAUGCAAAAGUUUACUGAACAAGAAGUCUGAUGGCGUGAAGCCACAGACAAACAACAACAAAAACAGUGUAGUAAGCAGCAGCACCAAAGACAGCAGCAUAUCAUCCACUGCACCAAUGGAACCACAGACCACUGUCGUGCACAAUCCAGCCGAUGGCAUCAAGGGGUCUACAGAGAGCUGUAACACCACAGAAGAGGAGGACAUGAAAGGUAGGAAAGUGUCGGUGGGUGGGGCUAGCAGUGACAGUGCAGUGGUGAGCCAGUGCAGUGCCUCGGAGGAGCCAGCUCCUCAGCCUGAGGUCUCUCCCCCCUGCCCACCGUCCCCCGAUCCAACACAUGAUGUUAAGAAUGUUGCUUGGAGCAGUUCAGGUCAGAGCUCCUGUCCUGAUUUAGAGCCUGCUGUACCUGCUCCAGCCUCCACAACAGCAGGGGGCAGCAGCGUGCACAGGCAGCACUCACGAAAGCAGGAGAUCAUUAAAAUCACCGAGCAGCUGAUUGAGGCCAUCAACAAUGGAGAUUUUGAAGCUUACACGAGGAUCUGUGACCCUGGCCUAACCUCUUUUGAGCCCGAGGCACUUGGAAACCUGGUUGAGGGAAUGGACUUCCAUAAGUUCUACUUUGAGAAUUUGCUGAGUAAGAACAGUAAGCCUGUGCAUACAACCAUCCUGAACCCUCACGUGCACUUGAUUGGAGAGGACGCUGCUUGCAUCGCCUAUAUCCGACUGACGCAGUACAUGGACAGCCAGGGCCGGCCACGCAGCAGCCAGUCGGAGGAGACCCGUGUGUGGCACCGCCGAGAGGCCAAGUGGCUCAACAUCCACUUCCACUGCUCUGGAGCGCCUGCCGCCCCUCUACAGUGAUCCACACAGGGUAAAGCAUGCCUGAAUACUAAAGCUGAUUGGAGCAUUUCUUCUCCGUGCACGUCUUGCCGCCUGGAGCCCGGCUAGAAGAGAACCUCUUGAAGUUUUGAAAACGUGAGGGAAAAAAAUAAGAAACUAAGAAAUCUAUUUAAAAGUGGCCACCACUUCAGUCCAACUCUAGCUAGAUGUGGGGCGGGCGGCCACGGCAGCAGCCCUGCCUUUUGGAUGCUGCAUGCUUCUAAUGCCCACACGGGGCGCUGUAUUGUCUUUACACAUAAUCCCAUAAUGUCUGCUGCCCAACAUUCAGAAAUGGUGUUUAAAGUAUUAAUAAUAUAUUGUAAAAUAUUGAGAUCUUCACUUGUGUAAUUAACAGCUGGUAGACAUGGAAGUUAGAAUCAGAAAUGUGAAUCUUUGAAAAGCACACGCUGUUUUAAGGGUAAAUGGUGUGAGUUUAUUACGUUUAAGAAAAAACGAAUCGGUUUUGAUUUUAUUUUUUACGCAAAGAAUGUGAUUGCAUGGCAUAUCAGAGGGAACAAAAAAUGUAUCAGAUGUUGAAGCAUAUUGAGAAGAGGAUGUUUUAAUGUUGCUUUUAUUUUCUUUGAAAUUAAGAAAUGGGGUUGGGGAAGAUUUUUUA